CAGGCUCCACACGGCUUUAACAGCCUACGUGCAGACAGACAUGAGCAAUCCCUGGUAAAGAAAGAGGAGGAAGCUCCCUGAUCCAUUCAAAACAAGAACAGACUCCUGCCGGAGCCGGUGGAGGUGAUGAUGCUCCUGAAAAGCUUGUGCCUCGUGGCCCUUCUCACCCCGGCCCUGGUGGAGGCUCAGUAUGAGAAGUACAGCUUUAAAAGUUUCCCUCAGAAGGACAUCAUGCCGCUGGACUCCGCGUACGGCUACGCGCUGGAGCAGUACUCGGCGGAGAACUGGAGAGAGAGCAUCAAGUUCCUGGAGCUGAGCCUGCGGCUCCACCGGCUGCUGCGGGACAGCGAGGCGUUCUGCAGCCGCAACUGCAGCUCCGUGAGCCGGGACAAUGACACCCUGUUCGCCGACAGCAGCCUCCGCGUCGUGCGCCACAUCCUUCUGAGAGCUGCGUGCCUUAAAAAGUGCAAGGCGGGGUUUCCAGUCUUUACUCUCGCUUACCCACAAAGGGAUUUACUGGAAACUUUCGAGAAAAGGAUACCGUAUCGGUACAUACAGUAUGCAUACUUUCAGCUCAAUAAUGUGGAGAAGGCCGUGGCAGCAGCUCACACCUUCCUGAAGAAGAAUCCAAAUGAUCCCCAUUUGACCAAGAACAUGAACUACUACAAGACGCUGUUUGAUGUGGAAGAAUAUCUCAUUGACCACGAGGAGCAGCCGUAUGAGAGUGUGUUCCUGAAGAGUGUGACACUCUACAACAGCGGAGACUUCAGCAACAGCGCCCGAAACAUGGAGCAGGCCAUCACGCAGUACUUUGAAAUAUACAGCCUCUGCUCAGCGGGCUGCGAGGGCUCAUACGAGAUCUUAGAGUUCAAAGACUUCUACCCCACACUGGCAGAUCUCUACAGUGAUGUGCUGAAAUGUAAGGUAAACUGCGAGGAGCACCUGACACCCAGCGUUGGAGGCUUCUUUGUGGAGAAGUUUGUCGCCACGAUGUAUCACUACCUCCAGUUUUCCUAUUAUAAAUUGAACGAUGUGAAGAACGCUGCUCCGUGUGCAGCCAGUUACAUGCUGUUUGACCCCAAAGACCAGGUGAUGCAGCAAAAUGUAGCGUACUAUCGUUUCUACCGGGAGCAGUGGGGCCUCGAGGAUAUCGACUUCCAGCCGCGGCCUGAGGCCCUGAGGUAUUUUAACCAGACGACCAAGCAGAAGGAGAUGCUGGAGUUUGCACUGAACUACCUACAAACAGAGGACGAGGACGUGGUAAGUCCAGAGGAAAUAGGCGCCUCUCACUCAGAGAACCCUGAUGCUGAGUUUGAGGGGAUGGGAGACUAUGAGGAGUCAUUCCUGGCUGAAUGGUGGCAGGAACCCAAAACUAAGUGGGACACUGGAGACAUCGUAGAGUGACAUCUGACGUCGUCCACGUGUGGAACGCCUCCUCGCCCAGCUCUGUCCCACCUGUCAUGACAACAUACCAAAGAAUGCUGACCUCCAUACAGACAGACUGACUCUCCCAUCAGUAUUUAGCAGAAAAAGCACAACUCAGCUGCUCUCUUUCACCCAGCUGAAGAAUAAAAGGACAAAUUUAUCCAUCAUGUUGAUCAAGAUCAAGAGAUUGACAUAUUCUGUCUUGGCUGUCAUCAGCCUUUUAAAACUGUUAUUUUUAUAAUGAGUCAUUGGCCUGUUUGCCAGUACUUGUCAAUGGCUUUUCUACAGUUUUUAUUUAAUGAAAGCUGAAUGCCUCUGUGCAGCAGUAUAAGGAAUCUGACAUGUAGCUUUUCUUAUGCUGAACGAUUUGUCAACGACCAAUUGGGUUGUUGUUGUUGUUAUAAUAAUUUGGUCAUAAUUAAAAUAAUAUUUUAAUAUA